AUGGAAGCCCUCCUCACCGACCCCCUCAUCAUCUCCGUAACCUCCUACGUAAAAGACUACAUGAGAAACUACGACGCCUCCCACGACUUUGACCACAUCCAACGCGUCCUCUCCCUCUCCCACCACAUCUACGCCCACACCCCCCCUCAACAACAAUCCCUAGACCUAAAAGCAAUCCACCUCUCCGCCCUCCUCCACGACGUCGGCGACCGCAAAUACCUCCUCCCAAACCAAGACCCAGCAACCCUCAUAUCAACAACCCUCCUCUCCCUCUCCUGCCCCUCCUCCCUCGCCCAAAAAGUCCAAGAAAUCUGCCUCGCAGUCUCCUACUCCACCGAAGUCAAAAACCCCUCCCAUGUGCAGUCCAUCCUCGCCAAACACCCCGAGUUGGGGGUCGUGCAAGACGCCGACCGGCUCGACGCCAUCGGAGCGGUGGGGAUAGCACGGAUGUUCACCUUUGGCGGGGCCAAAGGCUCCCGCUCGCUGCAGGCGAGCGUGGAUCAUAUUGAUGAGAAGUUGGUCAAGUUGGAGGGGAUGAUGAAGACUGCUGAGGGGAGGAGGCUGGCGGGGGAGAGGACGGAGAGGUUGAGACGGUUUCGGGGGGAGUGGGAGGAGGAGGUGGGGUUUGUGGAAAAGUUGGGGUUGAGUAAGGGGGAGGAGGAGUAG